GCUGAGCUGAGCUGGGGCGCGGCCGCCUGUCUGCACCGGCAGCACCAUGUCGCUCAUGGUCGUCAGCGUGGCGUGUGUUGGGUUCUUCUUGGUCCAGAGGGCCUGUCCAUACAUGGGUGAUCAGGACAAGACCUCCCUGUCUGCCUGGCCCAGCGCUCUGGUGCCUCAGGGAGGACACGUGACCCUUCGGUGUUACUAUCGUGAUGGACUUACCAACUUUACCAACUUCACUCUGUACAAAGACGACAGAAGCCACGUUCCCGUCUUCCACAGCAGAAUAUUCCAGGAGAGCUUCCUCAUGGGCCCUGUGACCCCGGCACACGCAGGGACCUACAGAUGUCGGGGUUCAUACCCGCACUCCCCCACUGAGUGGUCGGCACUCAGUGACCCCCUGGCGAUCAGGGUCACAGGUACAUAUGAGAAACCUUCUCUCUCAGCCCAGCCGGGCCCCACAGUUCAGGCAGGAGAGAACGUGAUCUUGUCCUGCAGCUCCCGGCGCUCCUUUGACAUGUACCAUCUAUCCAGGGAGGGGGAGGCCCGUGAACUUAGUCUCUCUGCAGUGCCAAGCGUCAACAGAACAUUCCAGGCCAACUUCCCUCUGGGCCCUGCCACCCACGGAGGAACCUACAGAUGCUUCGGUUCUUUCCGUACCGCACCCUACCAGUGGUCAGACCCGAGUGACCCUCUGCCCGUUUCUGUCACAG